UACGCGGCGUUACUUUUCGUAUUCUUUGCCGAUGCUGCCGGAUUGUAUCUUUUGAAAAUAAGCGUGGCUUAAUAAAAAAAAAAAAAGAACGGUUCUCUAAUUAUCGAAAUGGAGCUCACUGAUGAUAAUUUGGUAACGUUGAGUGAAUAUUUGAAGCACACCCUCAGCACGGACGUGAGUGUCAGAUGUUCAGCUGAACUCUUUUUGAAAUCGGUGGAAGUUAAUCAAAACUAUCCUUUAUUACUGCUUCAUUUGGUGGACAAGUCUGAGAUCAACAUUACGAUUAGGGUCGCUGGCGCGGUUGCAUUUAAAAAUUAUGUCAAACGCAAUUGGAAAGUGGAAGAAGACACAGUGGAUCACAUACAUGCUCAAGACAGAGACACUGUCAAGAAGUUAAUUGUCAAUCUGAUGUUACAUUCACCAGAUUCGAUACAAAAGCAGUUAUCGGAUGCGAUAUCUAUUAUUGGAAAGUAUGAUUUUCCAAACAAAUGGCCGGAAUUGAUUGAUCAGAUGGUAGAAAAGUUUAAUACUGGUGAUUUUCAUGUGAUCAAUGGUGUUUUGCAUACCGCACAUUCCUUGUUUAAGAGAUAUAGAUAUGAAUUUAAAAGUGAAAUCUUGUGGACGGAAAUAAAAUUUGUAUUAGAUAAAUUUGCAAAGCCUCUAACAGAUUUGUUUUUAACUACAAUGAAUUUAACGCAAGUACAUGCUAACAAUACGGAAGCUUUAAAGGUUAUAUAUAAUUCUUUAGUUAUCUUAUGUAAAGUGUUUUAUUCUCUUAACUUCCAAGAUCUGCCAGAAUUUUUUGAAGAUAAUAUGGAAGUGUGGAUGAGAAACUUUCAUACUUUAUUACUUGUUGAUGUUCCCUCCUUGCAAACCACAGAUGAGGAAGAAGCAGGUGUAAUAGAGCAGUUAAAAUCACAAGUGUGCGACAAUGUUGGCCUAUAUGCCCAAAAGUAUGAUGAGGAAUUUCAACCUUAUUUACCUCAAUUUGUUACAGCAGUUUGGAAUUUACUCACAUCUGCAGGACAAGAGCCUAAAUAUGAUGCUUUAGUUUCAAAUGCAUUGCAAUUUCUGGCCACGGUAGCUGAUCGGGCACAAUAUAGACAUUUAUUUGAAGAGCCAGCAACUCUUAGCAAUAUUUGCGAAAAAGUCAUUAUUCCUAAUAUGGAAUUUAGAGAAUCGGAUAAUGAAUUAUUUGUGGAUAAUCCCGAAGAAUAUAUUAGACGGGAUAUUGAAGGCAGUGAUGUAGAUACCAGGAGGCGUGCGGCUUGUGAUUUAGUUAAAGUAUUAUCUAAAUAUUUUGAAGCAAAAAUUAUGGAGAUUUUUGGAGCAUAUAUACAGGUAAUGUUACAAAAAUAUGCUGAAAUGCCAUCGAAACAUUGGCGUAAUAAAGACGCUGCUAUUUAUCUUGUUACUAGUAGUGUGAGUAAAGCACAGACGCAAAGACAUGGAGUUACUCAAAGUAGCGAACUUGUCUCCAUACCACAGUUUGCUGCGCAACAUAUCGAGCCUGAACUGGCAAAACCGGAUGUGAAUGAGUUUCCAGUACUUAAAGCGGAUGGAAUAAAAUUCUUAAUGACAUUUAGAUCGAUAUUACCUUAUGAAAUGGUAAUAGGAAAUUUGCCGCAAUUAAUAAGACAUCUAAGUGCCAAUAGUAUUGUUGUACAUACUUAUGCUGCUUGUGCAAUUGAAAAAAUUUUCACAAUAAGGGGUGCUGAUAAUUUGACCAUAGUCAAAGGGAUCAAUAUAUCACCGUUAGCGGCAGAUUUAUUGAAAGGACUCUUUGCGUGUUUGAAUGUCCCAGGUUCUGAGGAAAAUGAAUAUGUUAUGAAAGCUAUCAUGAGGAGUUUCAGUAUUCUGCAAGAUGCUGUGGUGCCAUUCCUAGCCGAUUUACUUCCAAAACUUACUGAGAAACUUGCGAUUGUAUCUCGAAAUCCAAGUCGGCCAAACUUCAAUCAUUAUCUCUUUGAAACUUUAAGUUUGUCUAUUAAAAUUGUUUGCAAGACGAAUCCUGAAGCAACGUUAUCCUUUGAACAAGCGUUGUUUCCUAUUUUUCAAGGAAUUUUGCAACAGGACGUACCAGAAUUUAUUCCUUAUGUUUUUCAAAUUCUUGCGUUGCUUUUGGAGCUACGAACUAAUCAAGAUAUACCGGAAUCAUAUAUGGCUUUGUUCCCGUGUUUGUUAUCGCCUGUACUAUUUGAACGUCAAGCCAAUAUCCAUCCUUUAAUUCGUUUGUUACAAGCAUUCAUUAGUCAUGGUUCGCAUCAAAUUAUAGCACAGGACAAAAUAAGUGCACUGUUGGGAGUGUUCCAGAAGUUAAUUGCAUCAAAAGCAAAUGACCAUGAAGGAUUUUUACUAAUACAAAAUAUUAUUGAGCACUUUGAACCAAAUGUUUUGGAGCCGUAUAUGAAACAGAUUUUCGUGCUGUUCUUUCAAAGGCUUUCAAUAUCAAAGACAACGAAAUUUGUAAAAGGUCUAAUAAUAUUUUUUGCAUACUAUAUCAUUAGAUAUACAUCGUCAAGUUUGAUUACAAUUAUCGACCAAAUACAACCACAAAUGUUUGGAAUGGUCGUGGAGCGUGUACUCAUAACCGAUCUGCAAAAAAUAGCGGGUGAAGUAGAACGAAAAGUGGUGGCUGUGGGAAUUUCAAAUUUGCUAAUUGACUGUCCCAUGAUGCUGGAGGCUCCAUACAAUUCGUACUAUCCUCGUUUGCUAGCUGCAUUGAUUGAAUUCUUUGAGCUUCCGCAAGACCAAAGUUUAUUGCCGGAGGAUGACGCGUUUCCAGAUCAAGAUGAUGCGGCUGGCUAUCAAGUUGGCUAUAGUCAACUCAUUUGUGCAAGAAAUCCUCGGAAAGAUCCAUUGCAAAAUAUUGGUGACAUACGUUUGCAUUUGGCACAAGGUCUUGGAAGAUUGUCACCAGGACAUUUGCCGGGAUUAUUGGGCCAAAUUCCCGAAGCAAAUGCGAAUCACUUGAGAAAUUAUUUGCAAACAGCUGGUAUUACAGUUGCAUAAUACGAACUAGAUGUCCGAAACAGACUGAAGAUUCAUUUAAUAGCUCGAAAAAUGAAUAAUAUUGAACUUAAUAAAUUGUAAUUAAAGAAGAAUCUUUUUUAUUAUAACUGUACAAUUUAUGAAAUACAUCGUAUUCUAUUUGUAAUUGCUAAUAUGCAGAAACUGAAGAAUUUUUCCAUUCUGUGUAACUCGGGUUUAUUAAAAACACUUUUUUUUUCUUUA